AUGACCCUCACCUCCGCGCGCCCCGUCGACGUCCUCCUCAUUGGCCUUGGAUCAGUCGGCACGGCGUACGCCUACCUGUUGGAGCAUUCCGGCCUCGCACGAGUCAGCGCCGUCGCACGGUCAAACUUUGACGUGUACAACAAUGGGCAGGUAACGAUUGAUUCGCAGCGCUUCGGCGUGAUCAAGGGGUGGAAGCCAAGCCGGCUGUUCAAGUCGCAGGAAGAGGCCCUCGCCGACGGCACGCGCUACUCGCUCGGCGUGCUAGCGACCAAGUCGACCCCGGACGUGCACAAGAACUCUGCGCUGCUCGCGCCGUCAAUCGCAAGCGGGCAAGUGGCGGCGUGGAGCCUGAUCCAGAACGGGCUCGGCGUAGAGGCGGACCUGUACGCGGCGCUACAAGCCUCCGCGACCCGCUCACCGCUAAUCUCGACGGUCGUGUGGACGUUCAUCACGACGUCGGACUCGGGCCGACACAUCCAGUGGACGAACGCAAAGGACGCGACCGUCUCAGGGAUCUACGCGCCGGGGCGGGCGCGCACGCCGGCCGAGGACGCGGCGCUCGCGCUCUGGGUCCACCUGUUGCGGACGAGCGGGCACGGCACCCUGGCGGAGAACCGCGUCGGCGUGCUCGAGACGACUGAGCGGAUCGACAGCGUGCGCUUCAGCAAGAACCUGCUCAACUGUAUCUGGUCGUCGGUGCAGACGCUCAUGGGCGCCAAGCACAUCCUGCUCAGCGACAUGGACGACGGCGAGAUUGCCGCUGUGCGUGCGCUGGCGCUGGAAGUCGUUGGGGUCGGGUACGCCAGCGGCCUGCUGUACCCCGGCAUGACACUGUACCCCUCCGGCCAGGUAGCCGGCACGCUGGAAGAAACGGUCGAGAGCGUGUUCGACAGCGUCAUCCACGCGGCGCCCGGGGGCUUGCUGUACGAUUACAAGAUGAGCAUGCUCGUCGACCGGGAGGCCGGGCGCCCGAUCGAGGUGGAAGUCAUCGCCGGGAGCGUGCUCGCCGUCGCGCGCGAGCAGGGGAUCAGCACCCCGCUGCUUGGCUACACUGUUGCGCUGCUACGCGCAAGCAAGCAGCUGCUUCCCGCACCCCACGCAAACAUGACCGCGACUCAGCAGCAGACGAUCAAGAACGACGGCCCGGUGAACGUCACUUCGCUCGGCAAGGAGUUCCGCCUUGCCCAGCGCACGAAGGACCGCCUCAUCGCCGCCGGCAUCGACCUCUCGGGAGGAUACCCCUACUACCCCGACAAGCCAAAGGACGUGUCCCUUGCCGGCCAGUUCCGCGGCGAGGCGUGGGAGCACGAUGACCCCGCGCUCCGCGCCGACAAGGACAAGAAGGCGCUGUUUGGCGCCGCCGAGAAGGUCGUCAACCUUACGCCUAACAUCGGCACGGAGAUCAUCGGCCUCCAGCUCUCCAAGCUCACCCCGCAGCAGAAGGACGAGCUCGCCCUCCUCAUCGCGGAGCGCACCGUCGUCUUCCUCCGCGACCAGGACAUCACGCCGCAGGGCCAGCUCGAGCUGGGCGCGUACCUCGGCCGUCCCGAGAUCCACCCUUCCGCGCCGCGCGUGCCCGGCCUGCCAGGCGUGUCGGUCAUUUCCGACGAGCUCGCGCGCGCGUACGGCGUCAACAUCGACUUCCAGAGCCCGUUCGGCACGCAGGAGUGGCACACGGAUCUGACGCACGAGCCCCAGCCGCCCGGAUACACCCAUCUCCACCUCGACGCUGGGCCCGAGGUCGGCGGCGACACCUACUGGGCAUCCGGCUACACGGCCUACGACAAGCUCUCGCCGACCCUCCGCGCGAUCCUCGACCCCCUCGAGGGCCUCUACCGCUCCGAGCACCUGUACCCCGACCCCGAGAACCCCGACGGGCCGAAGAAGCCCAUCAUCACGGCGCACCCGCUCAUCCGCACCCACCCCGUGACGGGCUGGAAGUCGCUGUUCGUCAACAGGCGGUACACUGUCGGCAUCAAGGGCCUCAAGGCGGCCGACUCGGCGCCGCUGCUUGAGCAGCUUUACGACACGUACGAGCACUCGCUGGACGCGCAGCUCCGCUGGAAGUGGACCCCGGGCACUUCGGCGCUGUGGGACAACCGUGUGUCAAUCCACUCUGCGGUUUACGACUACGGAGACUCGGGCGAGCCGCGCCACGGCACCCGCGUGUCGUCCCUCGCCGAGGUGCCCUUCAACAGCCCCAACGGCGUGAGCCGCCGCGCCGCGCUCGGCCUCGACCCGGGAAAGAUUGUCGAGGUGAAGAAGGUGGCGGGGACGUACUAGGCGAGCCCGCAUAGCGGGCGAGUGGGCGAGUGGGAGAGACCGGGCAUUCAGGCAUUCAGGCAGGCAGAAGUCGCAAAAACACACAUAAACACAUUAUGCAGCAUUGCUUGACG